UGUGAUUCUAGUGCCGCACAAUAGUUUUAAAAGCAGAAUCAAAGACAGACAAAGCUGGACAAAAUGAACCAGCUAUUUGUAAGCAAUGAUACACCUGUCCGAUCAACCGGCCGGACUACCUGUAUGAAAUGUGCCUCUCCUUUGUUCUUAGCACUAGUGACACCCAUGUAGAGACACUUUAUCACAGUAGUCAGCAGAUGGGUAAGAACAGGUUUGUCCAGUCACGGUACCUGCACUGACGUGGCAUUCCCGCGCUCUCAGCUCACUGCAGUUAAGGAGCAAGAUGGAAGGCAACAACCUCACGUACCCAGGCUCUCGAGCCGAAUGGAUUUUGAGGCGUGCGAAGGAGUUUGAUGCGGCAUCUCGUAACUUCCACUGCGUGGAGUGCGGGAAGCCCGCCAAAUGGGUGUGCCUGGACGCGGCGUGCGUCGGCUACAACCAGAGCAAGGCACUGGGCCUCUGCGACUUGUGCGACGCCCGCUUCCACAUCGGCAGCAGCCCCGUCAUGCAGAGCCACCGUCGGCUGGCGCCGGUGUUGUACGUCUCCCUGCUGCUGUUACACCGGUACCGAACGUUCCUCCCGGACACUGCUCCAGUCAGGCACGGCGAGAAGAGGUCGCACUCGCCCGGCGAAAACGACGUCAGUUCAUCCAAACGUCUGUGUCCUCCACAGGCCAGGACGACCGAUAUGCAACCAAUGACUGAAGCAGCGACAUUCUCUUCCAGUGGCUAUUCCUCUCCGGCCACAGAGAUGCCACAGCAGUACUCUCCGACCGAGUCCAAUGGGUCCAGUGGGUCCACCGAGGCGGGCCCGGUGCGACGCCGGAAGGGCGACAGCUCCGGUGGGAUAGAGUACAGAGCGACUUUCGGUAACAACCUCCAUCCCAUUCACGCCAGGUACGCCCGUAUUCUGCAGCACCUGCGAGAAGACAGCACACUCACCAUGACAGAUGCCUUCCGCCGGGAGAGCUUCGCCAAGCUGACGGUGAAGAACUACCUGGGCAUCGCAGAGCUGAAGUUGGCGGCCCCUGAUGAGUUCGAGGCCGUCCUGGAGGCGUACAAGAGUCGCGGGAAAACCAUGAUCACCGUGUCCGGUCUGGAGCGGGAGUGUCGCCAGGCUUUGGCAAGACGGAGCCAUGACAUCGCGCAGAUGCGCAGACUCGGACAGCUUCUACCAUUCUUCGACAUUACCUAUCAAUCUGGCAUAGGUUCCGAUGUGUAGGACUGGAUUUUGUGUGUUGCCUAACUUUAGGGCAGUUCAUAUUCAUGAGGACAUACAUGUGCAUAUGUAUUUUUGUGAAUAGGUCUGACCAAACACUAGACCAUUAACUAUAUAACCGGCUAAGUCCCCUUGGUCAAUUUUUUCCACGACAAGGAGUCUGCAAGAAGUAACCACUAAACCUGUACAAUAUAUGCAGACUGAAACGCAAUUUUGACACGUCUGUUGUAUGAAGCUAUGAUAAGUAGCACGGCGCUGAUGAGUAUUUCCAUACCCCGGAGGGCACGGGACGACCGGGCUGUUUUAAGUGCGUGUCUGUUUGUAAACUAAAGCUGUAAAGAAAUUGGGUACUUAAUUAAAAGUAUAUAUGACACAUGAUCCGGGUGAUGGUGAGUGGGGAGUCGAAAUACUGUAACAUGGUGCAGCUGAUGGCUGUCGAAUGAAGUUUAAAAAUGAUUUUCAGUGGCAGUACAGUCAAACUGUAUAUAGAACUAAUCUGUCCAGUACUAUACUUACGUUGGCUCACACUGCUUCCAUUGUUACGUUGUUCUUUCCUUCGACAUGUAAUGUUACUUAGCGAUCAGAAAUUGUAACCAAUUAUCAUGUCACGGAACUCCAUGUCUUUUUUUUUCAAGUUACUUUGAAUCCUACCUGGUUAAGAGUUCGAUGGUACUGAAACUAUAAUUAUAGUGUCCAGAUUAGCCUAGUUUGCGUAACACAAGCUUGGCAGCAUCGUAGUGCACGUUACACAUGUGUACCGGGCGUCCUUUGCGUCUUGCUUGUCACAUGUAUGAAGUUUUCCAUGUAGCUGUAGAGUAUUUAAUGUUGUUUCACAGCGAAUGAAUUUAACUUUUGAGCUAGA